AAUUGACAGCGUUUUCCAGUUCUUCGUCGACCUCAAUCAUGAUCCGUUGUUUCAAACAGCAUUACCUUGUUUUUACAAUAAUAUUGAGCUUACAAAUUCAGAUCUUCGGUUAUGAAAAAACUUUACGCAAGAUUGUUCGAGACCACUCGAAAAUGGUUCACAGGCCUUUCAGUGAUAGUUCGUCACAGAUUUUAUGGAAAAAUUCUUCAUUUAAAAUAAACGAGCACGACGCAUUCCCGGCUUACAUUCAAAUGAACGCGAUGUUACAUAAAAAAAUACGACCAAAGAUAUCAACUAUUCUGUCUGGAGUGGAAAGUGGCAGAAGCAAGUCCGGAACUAGAAUGAACAUUGGAAAAAGCGAAAGUCUUUUCCACAACGACGUUCGACAAGCACGGAAUACGCUUUAUAACAAAACUCUCCCACAACCAAGUGUUAACAACACACCAGACCAAAAAAACGAAUCAAAUUUGGACAAAUCAGCUUCAAAGUUUUUCCCUUCUAUUGAAGAACAUGAGACGUCUAACGAAAAAAAUGGUAUCCAAUCAAAUGAUAUAGCAAAUACAAUAAUAAUUCCAGAAAACGUACAAUAUCACAACGAAACUGAGUUUUUAGUACAAAAAAUUUUCGUACAUAAAUUGGAUACCGAUGUUUCUCCUGGCCUCACUGCAGACGCUAAUGUACCAUUUAAUACAGAAAUGGAUGCAGAUACUGAUAGAGAUUUUUUGAUAGAACGAAUACCUAUCAAAUCGAGCUAUAUUUAUAACGCAACGACUAAUCCGUACGUUUGCCAUUUAGUGAGAGAAACAAAUACUGACAUAGAUGCACAACAAAAAUUUCUGGAAUUCGAAAUUGAGCCAAAAUGGAUGACAAAAAAAACCUACUGGAAUCAUAUUUUCGAAAGCCGUUAUGAAUCCUUAAUGCGUAAUCCAAAAUGGCCGUCACUAAAAGUUAUACUAGUCCCAAGGACGCACGUUGAUACAAUUUGGAAAAAAACAUUCAAGCAGUAUUUUGAUGAUUCAGUGAACAAAAUAAUCUCAAACAUAGUGAAAAAAUUACAAUUUUAUAGUAAUCUCACUUUUGCUUGGAAUGAAAUUUCCCAUUUAAGUCGUUGGUGGAUGACAACUUCGCAUAAAAGUAGAUCGGCUUUUCGUAAAUUAGUCAAAUCGGGAAGACUAGAAAUUACCACAGGAGGAUGGGUGGAAACAGAUGAAGCGACAACUCAUUUGUUCGGGCUAUUGCACCAGUUUAUAGAAGGUCAUCAAUGGUUAAAAUAUCAUCUCAAUUAUUCACCAAAAGUCGGAUGGAUGACUAAUACCGUUACUCAUAGCCCAACUUUUCCAUAUAUUUUGUCGGCUUCAGACAUUUCUCAGAUAGUUAUAACAAACCUUCACUAUGCCUGGGAACAGUACUUUGCCGAAUAUCAAAUUAGCAAUUUUGUAUGGCAACAAAAUUGGGACACAGAUAAAAACACAGGUAGUCCUCUGAACGAUGCUCUUUUCAAAAUGGGCAAUGAAAAAUAUGGAAAAAAUUCGGUCCUCACGCAUUAUUUACCAUUUAAUUCAGCCGGCUUCAAGGCAUGCGGUCCUAAUAAAGCGAUUUGUGAGAAUGAAUUUAAUUUCGCAAACGUAAACAAGAACAUCGAUAUAAAUCCAUACAAUGUUAAAGAAAAAGCGGAGUUGUUACUAGAACAGUAUUCUAAAACAGGGACGCUUACAUCUCAUAACGUAAUUAUCGCGCCACUUGGUGGAUACUUUCGAUAUGAAUCACAAACCGAGUUUGACUAUCAGUAUAACAAUUAUCAGAAACUGGCAGAUUUUGUUAAUUACAAUCGUGAAAUUUACAAAGCGACUAUUGUGUUUGGCACGCCCAAAGACUAUUUUCGCAGCAUAUUCAAAGAAGUCCACUCUUUUCCAUCACUGCAAGGAGAUUUUCUCAACUUUGCUGACUUGAGCUCGGGUAGUCCCGCUUAUUGGACGGGCUUUUACACUACGAGACCGUAUACAAAGAUUUUGCUGCGACGCUUGCAGUCGACUUUACGUACAACGGAAAUGUUGUUUUCUUUUGCUGUUAACUUAAAUGUUUUCCGAGAAUAUGACACGUCAAACAUUAUUGAACGUUUGAUAAAAGCGCGAGAGAACGUCGCCCGAUUAAUGGAUCGAAAUAUACAAACCGGUACACUAACGGCUAAUAAAAUUAAAUACGUUCAUCACCUCAUUCUGACAACAGUAAAAGACUGCUGGUUCAUCCAAGAGAUAUCUGUUAGUUUUCUAAGCACGAAGUCUGGAGAAACAAAAUCGUAUCUUCAAAAAUACGUAUUUAGAGAUGGCGAGUUUAUGUCAAUAUUUAAAACUGUUUCGCCUGGAGAUCAAAUUUAUAUCUUCAAUUCGAUGAACCACGAAAGAACUGAAAUAGUAGAAUUACUCACAAGGUAUUCUACUAUAAGAGUUGUAGACCAUUCGAAAAAAGACGUAACUAUUCAAAUCAAUCCGGUUUGGAAAUAUUCAUCGGAAAACGUAAUAAGAAUUUCUAAAAGAUUUUUCAAGAUUGUAUUUGCGGUAAUUGUGCCUCCAAUGACGCUGGAACUAUUUCAAAUUAAAGAAACAUACGACGGAACAUUAAAUGCAGCUGUUUUAUAUUGUUCUGCUUGUGUUGUUGAAAAUAUUCCUAGUGAGCCCACAAUAUUUCCAUUCAGCGUUCAACCUUUACAAACAGGUGACAUACAAUUGGAGAACCAUAAACAAAGGCUCACUUUUGAUGAAAUCACUGGCUUCUUGAAGACUGUAUUUGAAAAAGAAACGAAUAUUGAAAAAAAUAUUAUAUUAGACUACGGUGCGUUCAGGGGCUCAAAUUUAAAUUCUGGGAUGUUUUUGUUUAACACGAAUGUUUCAAAACCUUUACAUGAUGUUUUGAUGCCGUAUAGAAUCGGCAUUAAAAAGAAGAUCGUUUUGAUUAUAACAGGACAAAUUACUACGGAGCUGAAUUCUAUUUUUGGACGUUUUCUAGCACACAAGACAAAAAUCUUUAAUCUGGUUGGAAGUGCUCUGUCCAAAGCGAUGUACGUUGAAAGCAAAAUCGACUACGAUGUAUCCCCAAACAAUAGAGAAUUAGAAUUAUUUUUAACAAUACAAACCGAUAUAUCCAACGGCAAUCCUCCUCAGAUAUUCACUGAUAAUAACGGCUUCCAGUACACAGCACGUGCUUUGAAUAUUAGUAGGCGCGUGGAGUCGAACAUGUAUCCUAUGACAAGUUUGGCGUACUUACAAGACCGUAGAAGCCGAUUGACUGUUGUCACCGAUCAUGCACAAGGAGUAACGGCAUUACAAGAAGGUCAGUUAGUCAUCAUGUUAGACCGCCGUGUGCUUUUUGAUGAUGGCCGAGGUACCAACGAAGGACUGGCAGAUAACAGCGCGACUUACCAGCGGCAUUUUGUGAUUCUCGAAGGCCUCAAUGAUGCUCCGUAUAAUCAACCGCCAAACGUGAAGCUGUUGAACCUACCUAGUUCUACAGCUUUGUACCUUUCGAAUUCUCUAAACAAUGUUCUAGAUCUAUUUUUUAUCGAUAAAAACAAUACGUACCUGAGUUAUUAUGGUUUUUUACCACUUAUUAAAACGUCUUUCCCUUGUGACGUCACCGUAAUCAAUUACAGGGUUAUUUUGCAUCCGAGUGUUUCGCAACAUCAUACUAUUAACACCGCAUUACUGACACUGCAUCGACAAAGUUCUUCUUGUCGAAUCGAGAACAUAGCUCCGUCAAAUUGUAAUGGUGAUAGCAGAUUUUCCGUCGAUAAAAUUCUGCGUAACGUGAAAGCUGUUUAUAAAACAAAUUUAGUUGGAACCAGUGAAGGAAUGCCCUUACUUCACUACACACUCGCUAACUUCCUUCCUAUGGAGUUGGUGACGUUGCGAAUAUAUUUUUAAUAUUAAAUAGUAGAAUUGUUAUUAUAACUUAUUAACUAGUAUGCAAAUAUUAAUCCGUUUAGUAUAAAGUAAAAUAUUGUAAAUGAAAAAAAAUAAACAUUGGUUGGAAUCACA